AUGGAUGCUAGUGCAUCUCAUCAACCUCCAAGAGCUCUAUCUCGAUCGACUCCCCUCCCUCAAUCUACAUGCGAUCCUCGAUUAAAUCGGCCUUCGGGGCUUUCGAACUUGCAACUUACUCGCACCGCUGAUACGCCAAUUUCGACCUCGAUUCCUCUCAUGCCUCCUGUUGACCAAACCCCUAUACUUCCGUCUCAGAGCUCGCUCAUUCAACCCGAUCAGCGAGUCAGCGCUGCAGUAGGACGUGAAAUACAGACGAAAGGCCUCGGCGAUUUGGUGCCGAUACUCACACGGCUCAUGGAUUUGACAGUCGCGAGAGCGUUGAAAGAAAAUCAAAAGGCAACUCUAGCGGAUAUCAAUGCAUCUCACAGUCGAAGCCUGGAGGUCGCUAAAUCUUACUCAUCAUUUCCAGCUUGUGUUCAGUCCUUUCAAACCUUGAAGGAUGCCGGUCAGAGUUCGGUACACAAACUUGAUCAAGACCUUGAACAACAAGAGACUCUUAGAUCGCAACUAUGCGACGAGCUCCAAGGUCUUUUUCGUCAACUACCGAUGACUAGUCGGCCUGCUGUCUCGCAAUCUCCAAUCACGUAUCCGGAAACGGAAAAGAUCGCAGAGUUGGAAGCGAAGAAUAAGGAGCUUGAAGCGAAACUAGAAGUGGCGCUUACUACCAAGCUUGAGAAUAGUUUGACUGCCAAGUUCGAAGCUAUGCUUGCUGCCAAAGUCGAAGAACUUACAAGCUCUAUGACUGCAAAUUCUGCAAACCUCGCCGACCUUGAAUUGAGAGUCCCGAUGUUGGAAAAAACAGUCAAUAGCCAAUCCACUAGCAAUGGCGGCAUGAACAAAAGGAUCGGCCGUGUUGAGCAGUGGAAAGCAGCGAUUGAAAAAGGUGAGAUUCAACUGCCUUCCAAGCCUGGAUCUUCCGAACCGACACCUCAGUCUGCCGAUUAUCAAGAGCUGCGAAAUGAGAUGGCGACUUUGAACCAGACGACGAACGACGCGCAUAAAAAGUUUGGCGACAUGGAAAGCAUGAUCACGACCAUGAAGGCCCAGCUUGAAGAACUAAAUCAAUCAACCCCGGCUAUGCAAGAACAAGUUACCUCGUUAAACAAUCGUGCAUUACUUUAUAGUGCACGACUGAGCACUAUGGAACCGAAGUUUCAGGAAUUUGAUGAUGCUUUGACGAGGAUUGCAAAAAUCGAACAGAGACCGAUCCCAUCUGCCGGCGCAGGCCCGCCCAUUCCAGAGGAACUGGCUAGAUAUACGGCCAGUAUUCAGAGGAUGGAAAGUGAUCAUCGUCAUUUUUGGGACAGUUAUAAUGAUUUGCGUUCAAGACUCUCGCAGUCAAUGGAGUCUGCUCAUCAGAUUCACCGUAAUGCCGAUUCGUUGAAAUCUCUGAAGCAGACUGUUGACACUUUUAUGCGGCAUUCUGAUAAACGCAAAGAAGUCACGGAUACUUUGGUAUGCGCAAUAAGGUCUCUGGAGACCCGAUACAACAAUAUAAGUUCUGAGCAGCUUGUGAAAAAAAUGGUCGCAGCCAUGCAUGAGAUGAACCCUUCGAUCGAGAGAUUUACCGAGAGAAUGGACACUAUGAACGGCGAAAUUGCGGCUCUCAGGACCGCAAAUCCAGGUUCAGCCCCUAGCUUGUCGAACGAGCGCUUGGAUCAAUUUCGUGCUGAGAUCUUGGAUCGCAUUGAGCCUUACGAGUCUAGCGUUCGAGACCUGGCAACCACCCUCACGAAAAGUGUUCAAGAGGUCAACGAGGUGCAAAACACCCUUGAGACUCUAGGUAAUGCUGUCGCAGAAUUAGGCGACUCAGUUAUCAAUAUUGAGCAAUACAAAGCAAAAUGCCAUUUGCUUUCCGAGAAUCUUCAAACUCUGAAGACAAAUUUUGAAGAUAUAGUUGGUCAACAACAGGCUACUACGGUUUCUAUGAGCCAGAUGCGUAUGCUCCAAGAAACACAAACAUGCUUAACAUGCAGUUCAUCGGAAGAUUUGAACAAGCUUAAAGAGAGCCUCGAUCAACUGGAAAAUGAUGUCCAGGAUCUUAGAGCCAAAGCUUUUGCUCGAAACGAUGAGGCUAGCGCAAUAUUCCAAACCACUUUGCAGACGUCCACUCAGACCGAAACCUCGAACCCUAGACGACAUACCUCACCCCUGCAAUCAUUGUCUUCCAAUAGAAUUCCAACCGGGCCGAGGAACAGUGGCGGCAUACACUUCCACCCCAAUGCAGGUCAUUUGCAGAUUCGGGGCGCGGCUUCUAGGAGUGACGCUGAGGCAAAUUGUGUUAACAAUGGGCCUAAUUCCCCAUCAAGAGACCUAUCGGCCAAUACGUUAGACAGACCCAUGGACAGUAGGGUGUCAAAUAUAUCGCCCUUCUCUCCCGUGCGGUCAUCAAUUCUUCCCUCUACGAACGAGCCUCCUCUCUCGCGCACUCCGGGGGCUGUUCAGCCGCCAGAUUUGGCCUCAACACGUUUCAGAGAAAGGAGAAAACGGUCUUUGUCCAUCACUGACGAAGACGUCCCUAUGUCCUCCUUGUCACCUGGGCCCUCGUCUGGAUCAGAUGUUUUCCAAAAGAAGAAAUCAAAGAGGGCCAAGAAGAGGCAGCUGCAGCUGCAGCAGCAGCAGCAAAAUCGCGCUGAGCAACCUACGAUAACCCCCAGAUAA